AUGGGGGCCUCAACUGCUGUGCAAUGGUGGGAUGAGUGGCAGCUUCGCGUCCUGGUGUUGGGCAGUCUUGGUGUUCAGUUCUUCCUCGCUUUUUUCUCUCGCAGCCGUAAGUCCCGUAUACCCGACUGGUUCAGAUUUUCCAUAUGGCUUUCGUUCCUAGGAAGCGAUGCGCUCGCAAUAUAUGCCCUCGCCACGCUCUUCAACCUUCAAAAAAGGUCCCUAGCUGAAGACGACGGCCGUGGUUUGGAGGUCUUAUGGGCACCUGUACUUCUAAUGCACCUCGGUGGGCAGGCCGCUAUAACGGCCUACAAUAUUGAAGACAAUGAGCUAUGGAAACGGCACAUAGUUACUGCCGUGUCUCAGAUCACGGUGGCCGUCUACGUGUUCUGCAAGUCAUGGCCGUCGUCAGCCGAUAAGAGGUUAUUGGCCGCAGCAGUUUUGCUUUUUAUCCCCGGGGCUGCCAAAUGCUUCGAGAAACCCUUGUCUCUCAUGAGAUCUAGCUUGACUAGCCUCUCCGCCUCUAUCAGUCUCAUUCGGCGCACUACAGCGCCUAGUGACAGAGAGGAAGAGCUCGAGGCAUUUGUACAGGAAGCAAGGGCAGCGAUCCUCCUAAAAGACCAUGAGAAAACCGACCCAGAAAAAGCCAACUAUUUACCUAGGAAACUGUUUUUAGACUAUGCCGAUAACUACUCUUUUCGCCUCACUAGAAUGAAAUGCUUUUGUCUCCUUGACGACAAAGAAGCAGACGAGGCAUUGACAUACGCGCUCGGCAAUAUUUUUGACUAUCUCUACACCAAAGCAACCGAUUGCUCCAAAAGAUUUGAUAGACUACCCAAGAACUGCCUUAUUUGGACGUUUGUAUUGUCCAUGACAUUGCCUAUUGUCUCCAUUGGCCUCGUCCAUAAGAGCCUCACAAAAGCAUACACCUAUAGUGAUGUCAAUAUCACAUUUGUGUUAUUGUACGGAACUCUUCUCUUAGAGUUUAUUUCUGGGUUCGGUCUACGAGAUUUCGCGGGUAAAUGGCCUGCCAUGGUUGCUCAACAUAACCUUAUAGGGUCCUUUGCCCGCGAUAAAAGGCGUAGGAAGUUGACGAGCUUUGGAAGACGCAAGGAGUCCUGCAGCUCGUCCAAGGAGAUUACAAAGUUAGUACGUCAACAUGCCGAAGAUGGAUGGAAGGAGUUCAUAACAGAUUCUCAGAGUUACAGAGAGUUCAACAGCACCAGGGGCCAAUGGACACUUGAGCGCAAAGGAUGCACCGAUCUGAAUCUAGCAUGGGUCUUGCAGAAACCUUUCGAUGAGAGCAUCAUUUGCUGGCAUGUGGCCACAGAUUUCUGUUUUUACCACACACGCACAUCUCUUGAUCAUGAGUGUGCACGUCGGUGUAGAGAAAUAUCCAACUAUAUGGUGCAUCUCUUGCAUACCAAUCACGAGAUGCUAUUGCCAGGCAGUAGAAAGGGUCUACUUAAAAUCGCCUAUGACGAACUCGACACAAUACUCAUCUUUCACGAAAAAUCACUAGGUGAAGAAAAACUUGCCCAGAAGGUGAUUGGUAUACUUAAAUCUACACAAGGUCAGGGUAUAAUUCGUGUUGCUUGGAUGCUCGCUGAAAGCUUGACGAGUCUUGGUGAUGAGAACAAGAUGUGGGAGGUGAUCCAAGGUGUGUGGGUGGAGAUGCUUUGUUUUUCUGCUGGCAGAUGUAGAGGAUAUUUGCAUGCCAAGAGCCUUGGCACUGGUGGUGAGUACCUGUCCUAUGUCUGGCUCCUGUUAGCCAAUACUGGGAUGGAGACAUUCUCGCAGAAGCUUCAGAGAACGCAAACACUUCUGUCAUCGAAACAGAGGAAGCACCUUGAGAACCAAGGAGAAGGUGGCCUUACACAAUCUACUUCUCAAGCCAUGGAUCUUCCCACUAAAGAAGGAAAUUUCGGUAGUUCAUCGGCUUCCCAAGAUGAAGUUACCGCUGCUGAGUUCAACGAAUUUUUUGUUGAAAUACAUGUCGUUGAGUAA